AUGAGGCAUUCCUUCCUUUUUAUACCUUUCUUUCUGUCUUUUAAUGUCAUUUUUCUUUUUUUCCCCACCUUUUUUUCUCUCUAUAAGAAGUUAUUCUUUCUUUUCUUUCUCUCUGUAAUAAGUCCUUUCAUUUUCUCUUUAAUAAGUCAUUCUUUCUUUUCUUUCUCUAUUUCUCAUAUCAUUUUUUCUUUCUUUUUUCUUUCUUUCUUACUUAAGUCUUUCAUUCUUUCUUACUUAAGUCUUUCAUUCUUUCUUAAUUCUUUCUUUCUUUCUUUCUUUCUUUCUUUCUUUCUUAAUUGUUUAUUUCUUAAGUAUUUUCUCUUUCUUUCUUUCUUUAUUUCUUUCUUUAGUCUUUUUCUUUCUUUCUUUCUUAAGACUUUCUUUCUUUUCAUUCUUUCUUUUCUUUCUUUCUUUCUUUCUUUCUUUUUUCUUUACUUUUUUUUUCUUUCUUUUAAUAAGUCAUUCUUUCUUUUUAUACCUUUUCUUUCUUUUUUCUUUCUUUCUUUCUUUUUCAUUCUUUCUUUCUUUCUUUCUUUCUUUUCUUACUUUCUUUCUUUCUGGUUACCUUUUCUUUCUUUCCGUCUUUUAAUAAGUCAUUCUUUCUUUUUUUUCUUUCUUUCUUUCUUUCUUUCUUUCUUUCUUUCUGUCAUUCUUUCUUUCUUUCUUUCUUUCUACCCUUUCUUUCUUUCUUUCCGUCUUUUAAUAAGUCAUUCUUUCUUUUUUAUACCUUUCUUUCUUUCUUUCUUUCUUUUUUUCUGUCUUUCUUUCUUUUUUUCUGUCUUUCAUAAUAAUUAUUUCUAUUUUUUUCUAUCUGAGGACUUUCCUUUCUUCCUUCUGUCCAUAUCUCGCAUCUCUUUUUUAAAUCAUUUUUGUCUUUGCUCUUCUCUAUCAUUUCCACUUUCUAUAUUGUUUUGUUUUUAUCAUUUUUUCUAUAUUUUCUUCCGGUUUUCUUCCUUUCCUUCCACUUUUUCUGCCAUUUCAUCCGUAUUUGUUCUGUCCUUUAUAACAUUUUUGCUUUCUCUUUUUUGUUCAAUCCUUUCUCUCCUUUACGGUUUAUCCUUUCUCUCCUUUUCAUUCUCUCCUUUCACGCUUCCUUGUUCUAUCCUUUCUCUCCUUUCCUUUCUUUUCUUUUUCACCAUUUCGUUCUAUCUUUUCUCUCCUUUUGGUUCUAUCCUUUCUCUCCUUUCUUUUCUAUUCUUUCUCACCUUUUCGUUCUAUCCUUUCUCUCUUUUCCUUUCUUUUCUUUCUCACCAUUUCGUCCUAUCCUUUCUCACCUUUUCGUUCUAUCCUUUCUCACCUUUUCGCUCUAUCCUUUCUCUCAUUUCCUUUCUUUUCUUUCUCACCUUUUCGCUCUAUCCUUUCUCUCAUUUCCUUUCUUUUCUUUCUCACCAUUUCGUUCUAUCCUUUCUCUCAUUUCCAUUCUUUUCUUUCUCACCAUUUCGUUCUAUCCUUUCUCUCCUUUCCAUUCUUUUCUUUCUCACCUUUUCGUCCUAUCCUUUCUCACCUUUUCGUUCUAUCCUUUCUCACCUUUUCGUUCUAUCCUUUCUCACCAUUUCGUUCUAUCCUUUCUCUCCAUUCCUUUCUUUUCUUUCUCUCCAUUCCUUUCUUUUCUUUCCCCCCAUUUCGUUCUAUCCUUUCUCUCCUUUUCGUUCUAUCCUUUCUCAUCUUUUGGUUCUAUCCUUUCUCUCCUUUCCUUUCUUUUCUUUCUCUCCUUUCCUUUUUUUUCUUUCUCUCCUUUCCUUUUUUUUCUUUCUCUCCUUUUCGUUCUAUCCUUUCUCUCCUUUUUGUUCUCUCCUUUCUCUCCUUUUCGCUCUGUCCUUUCUCUCCUUUUCGUUCUAUACUUUCUCUCCUUUCCUUUCUUAUCUUUCUCCCUAUUUCGUUCUAUCCUUUCUCCCCAUUUCGUCCUAUCGUUUCUCUUCUUUUUGUUCUAUCCUUUCUCUCUUUUUCGUUCUAUACUUUCCUUUCUUUUCUUUCUCUCUUUUCCUUUCUUUUUUUUCUCCCCAUUUCGCUCUAUCCUUUCUCUCGUAUUUGUUAUAUCUUUUCUCUUUCCUUCACCUUCCGUUCCUUAUUAUCUUUCUUUCUUUUUCUUUCUCGUUCUCUUGUCACUUUCGGAAUCGUUAUCUUCGUUUUGAUUUCACGCAGCAUUCACCUUAUUUCUUUCUUUCUUUCUUUCUUUUCAUUUUUUCCGAUUAUCAUUUCUUUCUUACUCGAUUUCUUUCUUUCUUUUUCCUUUUCUUUCUUUUUCCUUUUCUUUCUUUUUCCUUUUCUUUCUUUUCUUUCUUUCUUUUUUUUUUCCGAUUAUCAUUUCUUUCUUUCUUUCCUACUCUCUUUCUUUCUCUCUUUCUUUUCAUUCUUUCUUUCUUUUUUCUUUCUUUCUUUUCAUUUUCGAUUAUCAUUUCUUUCUUUCUUACUCUAUUUCUUUCUCUUUUUCUUUUUCAUUCUUUCUUUCUUUUUUCUUUUCUUUCUUUUCUUUCUUUCUUUAUUUUCAUUUUUCCGAUUAUAAUUUCUUUCUUUCCUACUCUCUUUCUUUCUAUCUUUCUUCUCAUUCUUUCUUUCUUUUUACUUUUCUUUCUUUUCUUUCUUUAUUUUCAUUUUUCCGAUUAUCAUUUCUUUCUUUCCUACUCUCUUUCUUUCUCUCUUUCUUUUCAUUCUUUCUUUCUUUUUUCUUUUCUUUCUUUUUUCUUUCUUUCUUUCCAUUUUCCGAUUAUCAUUUUGUUCAUUUCUUUCUUACUCUAUUUAUUUCUCUUUUACUUUUUCAUUCUUUCUUUCUUUUUUCUUUUCUUUCUUUCUUUUCAUUUUUCCGAUUUUCAUUUCUUCCCUUCUUUCUUUCUUACUCUCUUUCUUUUUACUCUUUUUUCUUUGUUUUUUUCUUUCUUUUCUUUUUUCUUUCUUUUCAUUUUUCCAAUUAUCAUUUUUUUCUUUCUUUCUUUCUUUCUUUUUAUCUUUCUUUCUUUUUCAUUCUUUCUUUUUUCUUCCUCUUUUAUUCCUGUCUUUCUUUCUAUAUCCCUUUCAUUUUAUUUCUCGUUGUCUUCUCUCCUUCGGCAUUCGUUAUCAUCUCUUCCUCACUUCAGCAUCGUCUUUUUUAGCAUUUAUUUCCCAUAUCAUUCGCCUUUCUUUCUGUUUUUUCUUUCGUUUCGUUUCGUUUCUUUUAAAUUCUUUCGUUUCUUUCUUUCUUUCUUUCGAGUUCCAUAUAAUUUCUUUCUUUCUGACAUAUCGCCAUUCUUGUCCAACCACCCCAUUCCUCGAACCGACCUUCCCUAUCUUCCAUCUCUUUGA